AGAUGGGAUAUCGUAAGAAUAUAUACCAGCUUUUCUGGUUGUAUGUUAAUUAGUUAACAAUAAUUUGUUGAGUUGCGGGCUACGGUUAUAUCAUUCUGUAAAUAUUCUUUGUUUACUACUAAAUGGGACGAGAAAAUAAGAAUACAGUAUGUUUCAUCUCCCCCCUACUCUUUGUUUCAAUAGCACGCGAGAAAAUCGUACAUUAUCAAGCUCUUUAAAAUCAAGACAAUGUAUCCGUUACCUGCAGGAACUAAGUGCUAUUGAAUCAACGGCAGCUGACCAACGCGACCAAAACGAAGUGGAUCCGCAAGCGAACUUGUUCAGUUACGUUUCAGCUAUAACUAACUGGCGAAACAAAGAAGGGAGUCUUGGCAACUUGCUACUGAACCGAGCAGGGUCGUGUCAUCAUCACUCUAAAAGAAUGUACCAUUAUUGGACCGAUUUCUUUCUCGCACGGCAAACCACGUCGAUUGUGGCGCUUGCAGCACAGAAUAGAACCUGGGGUGCAAUGCAUGGUAAAUUGCUGCUACGUCAUUCUACAGCAAGGCAUUUACCAGCAAACUUAGUUGCAGCCGAGUUGGUUGUGGUAAGGAAGAAACCUUCGGUAACUCGGGAAAAAUUUGGAAAAUAUAAAACUCUGGUUACAAUGAGAGAAGCGGGAGGUCGGACUCGUACAUUGCAUGCAGGGUAUCAGUCCUCCUGCCCACACAGAGAGAGUAAAUUCCUCAUGCUCAAUCUUGACACUCGGUAUAUUACAAAUUGGCUUGCGAAAAGGAAUUCAACAAAUUUGUUAAUAUUUUCGCAAAUUAUUCCACGAACAAGAUACGGAGGCACCACAGAAACUCUUUUACCAGUUGACGUGGUGCAACACAUAGCCGGUUUGGUGCUGCAUUUUCAAAGGCCAAUUAACUCUGAAACUUACCGGCUGCGCUCUUCCGCCCGUUUGCGGCAAGCAGUUCACGCAAGUUUCCCUCCAACUUCCACAGUCCGGAAUCGACGUAAAGCUGCGAUAAGGCCGCGUACUCGAACCCGUCACCAACACGUACAUAGACCCGAACACAGAUUACCAAGAAGAAGGAAACUUACCUGCAGUCUUGAACCAUUUGUUGUACCUAAAUCCGUUACCCAGAACUUAAAUGUAACUUGGCCGGAGAACGGAAAACGCUUCUGGGAUAUUUCAAGAUGCGAGGGAUUGUGUAGACAUCCUAUUCCUGCUCAUAUCAGCCAAACCAACCAUGCAAUUGCAAUAAACUCGCACACCACUAAAGGAGCUUGUUGUGUUCCAAUACGACUAAGAGCUAUGGAUUACAUUCAUUUACGGAACGGAGAACUAAGAACCGAAUCGCUGGAGGAAUUAGUUGCGUUGGAAUGUGGCUGUCGAUGAGAACUGUACAUUUUCUUUACUUUACACGUUUCGUUGUUGUGUAAAUAUUAUUAAUUAAUAAAAAUAAAUUGUAUUACAAGUGUA